AUGGCUGAGGACAAUCCCGAGCUCCAGGCCGUGCUGCGGGAACUCGACCAGGAGUUGGAGGAUGGGGAUAUCACAGAAAAAGGAUAUCAGAAGCGUCGAACCCUCCUCUUGUCGCAGUAUCUCUCCGCGGACGGCCAUCAGGGACACCAGGGCCUUAACCUUCCCCGAAAGGAUCUCCCGCAAGGCGCUCCCGCUUCCAUACCUAGCGCACAGACAGCCCGCCGAUCAGUUUAUGCGGAUAACCGGCGGCAGUCAGACUACCUUCCUGCGAAUCUCCUUGUAUCGCCAACAGAAAGUGAAUAUGCUAAUCCCCCGGUAAACCCUCUGUCGCGAAUACACGAAAAUGAGCUGGGUUUCUCGCUUGACUCGGGCCAUCAGCCAACAAGAGCUUCUUACGAUUCUCUGCGAAACUCGGGGGUCAAUACGAGCAUUUCACAAUAUGAUCAAUCUCGAUCCCCAACGAUUAUGAGCCAAAGCUAUGCGUUCAAUCCCAACGAUCAACAAGGCUAUGGUGGCCACGCCAGAAACUCUUCAAUGCUUGACUCACAGCAAGCAUAUUUUUCGGACUUUGCUGGCCAGCAGCACGCUGAACGAAGAGGGAGCUAUGGUGGUGGGCUUCGGUAUUCUCAACAUGAAACUUUUUCACCCACAGCCAAUAUGGCUCCACCACCUAUGCCUACAACAGGGCUGGCAGGAGCCGUAGCUGUUGACCAUCUUUUACCAUUAGAGCCACGGGAUAUUACGUUCGAAAUUUGCGACCCUCAUGAUGCUAAGUAUCCAAUGUCUAAAUUUGAGAAUUUGCCCGGAGUCUUACGCUAUCGUGCACGCUCCCAUCCAAAGCAACCCGCGUAUUGGGUCCUUGACCAGCGAGGAAAGGAGACAGCGUCGAUAACCUGGGAGAAACUGGGGAGCCGAGCAGAGAAGGUUGCUCAAGUGAUCCGUGACAAGAGUAGCUUAUAUCGAGGAGACCGGGUUGCCCUAGUGUAUCGUGAUACCGAAGUCAUAGAGUUUGCAGUGGCACUACUGGGAUGUUUCAUAGCCGGUGUAGUCGCCGUUCCUAUCAACAACCUUGAAGAUUACGCCAGCCUCAAUGUCAUUCUCACGUCAACUCAGGCCCACCUUGCGCUCACAACGGAAAACAACUUGAAAACAUUCCAGCGCGAUAUCGCCACUCAAAAGUUACAGUGGCCGAGAGGCGUCGAGUGGUGGAAAACCAACGAGUUUGGAAGUUAUCAUCCCAAGAGAAAAGAUGAAAUGCCCGCACUGGCUGUGCCCGAUUUGGCAUAUAUUGAGUUUGCCAGGGCUCCGACCGGUGAUUUGAGGGGAGUAGUGAUGAGCCACCGCACGAUAAUGCAUCAGAUGUCUUGCAUGUCUGCUAUUGUGUCGACCAUACCUACCAGCGGCAACACCACUGGCCAACCCGUGCCGAGACCUCACGACGAAAUACUUAUGAGUUAUCUCGACCCUAGACAGGGGAUUGGCAUGAUUCUCAGUGUUCUUUUUACGGUUUAUGCUGGCAACACUACUGUUUGGCUUGAGUCGCUGGCAGUAGAGACUCCCGGGCUUUAUGCUAGUCUGAUUACCAAAUAUAGAGCCACCUUGCUUGCGGCGGAUUAUCCGGGCCUCAAAAGAGCCGUGUACAAUUAUCAGCAGGACCCGAUGGCUACUAGAAACUUCAAAAAGAAUACUGAACCCAACUUCGCAAGUCUGAAGUUAUGCCUGAUUGACACGUUGACCGUUGACUGCGAGUUUCAUGAAGUAUUAGCUGACAGGUGGCUAAGGCCACUGCGGAAUCCCCGAGCCCGUGAAUUGGUUGCGCCCAUGCUGUGUCUCCCUGAACACGGUGGUAUGGUUGUCAGUUUACGUGAUUGGCUUGGAGGAGGAGAACGCAUGGGUUGCCCUUUGAAGCAUGAAGUACAACCGCCUGGAGAGCAAAAGGAAGAAGCCGGAGCCGAUAAAAAGGAUGGAGAGGAACCUAAGGGUGAGGAGCCAAAAGCCACUUUCGGAAGCAGCCUGAUAGGCGGUACUGCGGCACCAACGCAAAAAGAAGGUCCUCGGAAUGACCUUGCAGAGGUUCUUCUAGACAAGGAAGCCCUGAAAAAUAAUGAACUUGUGAUUUUAGCUGUGGGUGAGGAAGCAAGAAGAUUGGGUGACAGCACACCGAACGCUGUAAGGGUUGGUGCCUUUGGCUAUCCUCUUCCCGAUGCAACGUUAGCAAUCGUUGAUCCGGAGACCGGAUUGUUAUGUACCCCUAAUGUUAUCGGCGAGAUAUGGGUCGAUUCCCCUUCUCUGUCAGGAGGUUUCUGGGCGCUUCCUAAGCACACAGAGGCCAUCUUCCACGCUCGCCCUUACCGGUUCCAAGAGGGGAGUCCAACACCCAUACUCGUAGAACCCGAGUUUUUGCGAACUGGACUUCUUGGUUGCGUUAUUGAGGGUCAGAUAUUUGUCCUCGGGCUCUACGAAGACCGCCUGCGUCAAAAGGUUGAAUGGGUUGAGCAUGGUGUCGAAGUUACAGAGCACCGGUACUUCUUUGUCCAGCACCUAAUCAUCAGCAUCAUGAAAAACGUGCCCAAAAUCCACGACUGCUCAGCUUUUGAUGUUUUCGUGAACGAGGAACAUUUGCCCGUCGUGGUUUUGGAAUCGUAUACCGCUUCAACAGCUCCGGUGACUUCAGGUGGGCCGCCUCGACAGCUGGAUGUCGCUCUUCUGGAUUCCUUAGCAGAAAAAUGCAUGGACAUAUUGUACCAAGAGCAUCAUCUUCGUGUUUAUUGUGUGAUGCUCACUGCGCCAAAUACGCUUCCACGGGUGAUAAAAAACGGACGACAAGAGAUCGGAAACAUGCUAUGUCGCAAGGAGUUUGAUAAUGGGUCACUUCCCUGCGAGCAUGUUAAAUUCGGCGUCGAACGGUCUGUUCUGAACCUUCCAAUAGGCGUUGAUCCAGCCGGUGGAAUAUGGUCUGUUCCUUCAUCCGCUGCAAGACAGGAUGCCUUGGCUAUGCAAGAAAAACAGUAUUCGGGUGUCGAUUUGCGCGAUGUUAUCAUGGAUGACCGCACCUCGACGCCACUGAAUAACUUCACGAGUAUUGUCGAUUUACUUCAAUGGCGGAUCAGUCGUCAAGGGGAGGAGCUCUGUUAUUGCUCCAUCGACGGACGUGGGCGCGAAGGUAAAGGCAUCACUUGGAAGAAGUUUGACACAAAGGUCGCUGCGGUGGCGGCUUAUCUUAAAAAUAAAGCGAAACUUCGCCCGGGAGACCAUGUUAUUCUCAUGUAUACCCACUCCGAGGAUUACGUGUUCGCCGUACACGCCUGCUUCUGUUUGGGCUUGAUAGCUAUCCCCGUCUCCCCAGUGGACCAAAAUCGACUUUCCGAAGAUGCUCCGGCUUUACUCCAUGUCAUCAGCGAUUUCAAUGUAAAGGCGAUUCUUGUCAACAGCGAAGUGAACGACUUGAUGAAGCAGAAAAUCGUAUCUCAGCAUAUCAAGCAGUCCGCGCACGUCGUUCGCACAAAUGUUCCAAAUACUUAUAAUACAUCGAAGCCCCCAAAACAAUCGCACGGUUGCCGUCAUUUGGGAUUUACCAUGAACCCUCAAUGGCUAAAGAAUAAUCAACCAGCGUUGAUUUGGACGUACUGGACUGCGGACCAACGAAGACUCUCGGUUGAGAUCGGACAUGACACGAUUAUGGGAAUGUGCAAGGUUCAAAAAGAAACCUGCCAGAUGUCUAGUGCGCGGCCGGUUCUAGGGAGCGUGCGCAGUACGAUAGGCCUGGGUUUUCUGCAUACUUGCUUGAUGGGACCAUAUGUCGCGAGAUACAAAAUCAAGGAUACAUAUGCUACUAGCCAAAUGUUAGACCACGCGAUGGGUAGCAUGGCUGCCAAAGGUUUCCAGCUACAUGAAUUAAAGAAUCUCAUGAUCUCUGUAGAGGAUCAACGAGUGCGAUUACACUUUGCUGCCGUUGGGCUUGAUCGUACCGCAAUUAAUACCAUUUACUCCCACGUUCUAAAUCCUAUGAUCGCAUCUAGAUCAUACAUGUGCAUUGAGCCAAUCGAGCUCUGGCUCGAUACCAAAUAUCUUCGUCAGGGGUAUGUCGUUCCGGUAGAUCCGGAUACUCCUGGCCAUACGCUAUUAGUCCAAGAUUCAGGUAUGGUACCCGUGAGCACUCAAAUAGCUGUAGUGAACCCGGAGACGUGUUGUCUUUCCCACGUUGGCGAAUACGGCGAAAUAUGGGUCCAAUCGGAUGCCUGCGUCAAAUCAUUCUACCGUUCUAAACAGGAAUUUGAUCUGGAGAGGUUCAGGGGACGGACAGUAGACGGUGACCCAAAUGCCAUAUACGUGCGUACUGGCGAUUUAGGCUUUUUGCACACGGUAACAAGGCCAAUUGGACCCGGCGGACAGCCGGUCGAGAUGCAAGUGCUGUUUGUGCUUGGUGGUAUCGGUGAAACGUUUGAAGUCAACGGUCUAAACCAUUUCCCUAUGGAUAUUGAGCUUACAAUCGAGAAAAGCCAUCGGAAUAUCGUCAAGGGUGGAAGUGCUGUAUUUCAAGCUGGUGGGCUCGUUGUUGCCCUUGUUGAAGUUACCCGGAAAGCCUAUCUUGCAUCCAUUGUGCCUGUAAUAGUGAAUGCUGUGCUCACUGAGCAUCAGGUCGUCAUUGACAUCGUCGCCUUUGUUCCUCGAGGCGAUUUCCCGCGCUCGCGUCUAGGCGAGAAGCAACGAGGCAAGAUUCUUGGGUUAUGGGUGACACGAAAGAUCCGUACGAUCGCCCAAUUCAGUAUCCGGGAUGCAGAUGGAUCUGCAACCCAAUUGGCAGAGGCCUAUGCCAGGGCAUCCAAAACUGGAAGCAUGAUCGAAGGGAGCGGUCGUCUACCGUCUACACUGCUGGAAGCGGAAGAAUAUGGAGGCUAUCAGCCGGCUCCUCCGCCAAGGGGCGGCAAGGCGCAUGCAGAUGAACCUGUUGAGCAUUAUCCCCGUUCCCAUGAAGGUAUUGCUGCGGAUCAUUAUACUGCUGGAGAUCCGUCAUUUGGAAAUGCACAUGACACUGAGCAAUAUCACCAGUCUUUUAACUAUGACAGCCGGGGUUCCUCCGCGAAUUACUAUGGCCACAACCAGAAUCCGAUCCCCGAGCAAAACGAUUUUUUGGUUGAAUCACCCACUGGCUUCACUCAGGGUGACACUGCCCAAGACGCUUCCUUCCAACAAAUCCCUCCUGGAACCCAGGCCCCCCAGCCGCAACACUCCGAACCCGUCCCGUUUAGCCACACCGGCCUUGUCCCCAUGAAACCAAUUUCACGAGGGAAUACUCCUUCGUCUCACCGGUCCAGCCCAGGCCCAGGUUCUAAUAGCUCUAAUCCCGCUCUACAGGCUACCCCUCGGAUCCAGCCACCCGUUAUGUCGCAAGGCAGGGAUUCCUUGCCCAGCCAACAGUUACGAUACAGCAUGAUGUCAGGUCCAUACAAUCCUCCACCAACGCAGGCUCAAGCACAAGGUCCGAUCAGGUACGAUGAACAGGCUGAGCCAGAAUGGCCUCAAGAAGCGCUUCUCUAUCAAACCCAGAAUGAUGCUGGGUAUCAGUAA